AAAACUACUUCAGAAGUAUUUCCUGAGAACAACGCUUUCAUUUUAACUGACUGAAUAACAAGUCAGAUGAGGGUUUAGAUAACUGACUGUCAUUCCUCUCUUUCUUCUAGAAGUGAAAGAGAUUUCAGAUCUGCUGUUCAACACAACACUUCAGAGGAAGCUGAAAGAUCUACACGUAUAAUCUGAGUCCAACAGCAGUGAGUCGGUGAAGGACGAUGGCACUUUUCAAUGCACAAUAUCAGAAUUGUGACACAGAAGAUGCGCCUGAAAAAGAAAAUGUGAAACUCAAAGAAGUCCAGAAGAGCAGCAGUGCUCACCCUGAAGUCAGUGUGAAUGCUGAGACGGGAGGAACUGUAAAUGCUCCUGUACUCGCUGGAAACAUCAUUAAAGGCUCAGUGAUCAUCACCAACUACAGCACUGCAGGACACGAGUCACAAAAAAUCACAGAGACAGCAGAGAAACACACUAAAAAACAAGCAGAUUUGAUUCUGAAAAGCUUCUUGGAAAUUCACAAAUGCAACAUGAAGAAGAAAGCAGAACAUAUUUUUGAGGGCAAAGAAAAAGCGCAUCUCCGGGAUUUUUACACAGAGCUCUUCAUCACAGAGGGAGAUAUGAAAGAGGUUCAUCAGGAACAUGAGAUUCUGAAGAUUGAUGAUGCUUUCAACAAGAACAAACAAACACAGGACAAACCAAUCAAAUGCAAUGAUAUAUUUACAUUAUUAAGGGAAAACAAAUCAACAGAAAAAAUUGUGCUGACCAAGGGAGUCGCUGGAAUUGGAAAAACUGUCUCUGUGCACAAGUUCAUCCUGGACUGGGCAGAAGGAGAAGCCAAUCAGGAUAUACACUGUGUGUUCCUGCUUCCAUUCAGAGAGAUUAACUCGAUGAGAAAUGAAGAUUUCAGUCUCCAUGAGUUUCUGCUGGAAUUUUAUCCUGAACUAGAAGACCUGGAGAAAACCAACUUAUAUAAGGAAAGCAAUAUAGUGUUUAUAUUUGAUGGACUUGAUGAGAGUCGCCUGGCUUUUAAUUUUAAAAGUAGAACAUCACCAAGAGCCAUUGUUCAGGAAAGAUCAUCAGUAGAUAUGCUGUUCACAGGUCUGGUCAAAGGUCAGCUGCUUCCAUCAGCUCUGGUCUGGGUGACAUCACGACCAGCAGCAGCCAAUCAGAUUCCUCCUCAGUAUGUGGGUUUGUUCACAGAGGUGCGAGGAUUCACUGACAGACAGAAGGAAGAGUACUUCAGAAAGAGAAUCACAGAUGAGAGUCUGGCUGAAAGAAUCAUCUCACACAUUAAGAUGUCUCGUAGUCUCUACAUCAUGUGCCACAUCCCUGUGUUCUGCUGGAUCACAGCCACAGUACUUCAGAAUAUUCUCAUCAAGAACAGUGAAGAAAACAUCAACACAACACUCACUGAAAUGUACAUCCACUUCCUGCUGAUACAGAUGAACAUCAAAAACCAGAAAUAUGAUGAACAAGAAGAAAGAGAAUCUACAAAGAACUUAGGCUCAAAUAGAGAAGUGAUUAGAAAAUUAGCCAAACUGGCAUUUGAACAGCUGAAGAAGGAAAACAUUGUGUUUUAUGAGAAAGAUCUGUCAGCAUGUGGUAUUAUUGUGAGUAAAGACACUGAGUUUACAGGAAUGAUCGCUGAGAUCUUUAAGAAGGAAGAUGGACUUCAUGAGAAGAAAGUCUUCUCCUUUGUGCAUCUGAGUGUUCAAGAGUUCCUCGCUGCAGUGCAUGUGUUCAUCUGUUACCUGGAGAAGAACAUGCAGGAGCUCCAGUUUUUCUCUUAUAACCCCAAGGAAAAUAUCACAUUACAGGAGCUAAUGCUGACAGCUGUCAAUAAAGCCAUGCAGAGUCAGAGAGGACAUCUGGACCUGUUCCUGCGGUUUCUGAUGGGCAUUACACUGGAAUCCAGUCAAGACCUGCUCCAAGGUCUGAUCACACACACUGAAGACACCACAGAGAGCAUGAGAAUAACAACUCAAUACAUUAAACAAGAGCUAAACAGGAAUAUCUCAGAUGAAGCUUCAGUCAACCUGUUCUACUGCUUACUUGAGCUCAAAGAUCAUUCAUUGUAUGAUGAAAUCCAGAGAUACCUCAGUUCAGAUGAACAUCCAGGAAGAAAACUCUCAUCUUCAAUGUGUUCAGUGCUGAUCUACAUACUGCUGAUGUCAGAGAAGGAGCUGGAGGAGUUCAACCCAAAGAGGUUCACAUCAACUUCAAACUACAAGAGACUCGUUCCAGCUAUGAGAUGCUGCAGAAAAGCCUUAUUUAACAGCUGUGGUCUUGAUAAAACAUGCUGUGAAAGUAUAUCUUUAGCUCUCCAAUCUUCAGACUCACAUCUGAGAGAGCUGGACCUGAGUAUCAAUGACCUGCAGGAUUCAGGAGUGAAGGUGCUGUAUGAUGGACUGAAGAGUUCACACUGUCAGCUGGAGAUACUGAGACUUUCCUUAUGUAAUCUCACUGCUGAGUCCUGUGAGAGUUUGUCAUCAGUUUUACAGUCCUCAUCCUCCUGUCUGAGAGAGCUGGACCUGAGUAACAAUGACCUGCAGGAUUCAGGUGUGAAGCUGCUUUCUGAUGGACUGAAGACAAACUGUCAGCUGGAGAUACUGAGACUUUCCUCAUGUAAUCUCACUGCUGAGUCCUGUGAGAGUUUGUCAUCAGUUUUACAGUCCUCAUCCUCCCGUAUGAGAGAGCUGGACCUGAGUAACAAUGACCUGCAGGAUACAGGUGUGAAGCUGCUUUCUGAUGGACUGAAGACAAACUGUCAGCUGCAGAUACUGAGGUUGUCUGGCUGUAUGGUGACAGAGGAAGGCUGUGGUUAUUUGUCAAGUUCAAACCCCUCACAUCUGAGAGAGCUGGAUCUGAGCUACAAUCACCCAGGAGAUCCAGGAGUGAAGAUUCUCAAGAAUCUGGACAAACUCAAACUCAAUGUGGAUCAUGGAGGAGAACACAGAAUUACAGCAGGACUACACAAAUUUCACCAAGCUUUUCACCAAUUCACAUCUCCAAAUACAGAAGACCAGACAAACAGGCUGGAGGAUAAACAAUGUUAAAUAUAUUCCUAAUAUAAUUAUUUGCAACUCUAUUUUGUAUAAUAUUUGUAUUACCAAUAAAGAUUUUGAUCUCUUCAAAAGUCAAAUCUUUCUCAUGUGAUGCGUUUCUAAGAAGAAACAUAACUGUUUGAGGGAUUGCAUCCAUUACCACUGCAAAUUCCUUAUAAUUUUUGAAUAAAUGUAAAAUAGCAGUUAAACCUAUGUUAAUAACUCCAUCAUUGUUUAGGAGCUGGCUAACUGCUAUAAUAUUGUUUUCAAACCAGUAAUCAAAAUAUAAAGAUUUAUUCAUUGUAUUCGAUGUCCUUGUUGUUCCAAAUAUAGUGCCUCCUUGGUGAGAAAUUAUGUUUGUAGACCAGAGCCAUAAGAGCUUGCUUAUUAAAUUUUGCUUCUCCGGUAUUUCUUCAAUUUAAUAAUUGCACUUCAACAAAAAUUCGAGGUCAACCAAUAGCUUGAACAAAUAGUUGAGAAAGGAACUCCAAAUACUGUCUUUAUUUUUCAAAUAUUGCAUAAACCAAUUUAUUUUAAAUACAUCGUUUAACGUGUCAUAACUCAACACCUCUAGACCACCAUAAUCUUUGGAGUUAAAUAACAUUUGUUUUCUCAGGUAAUGAGGCUUGUUUAUCCAGAUGAAAUCAAGAAGUAUUUUAUCCAGUUCCUUGGUAACUUUAGGAGGAAUAUCCAGUGAUGAGGAUGUAUAGACUGAUCUGGGAAUACCUUCAGCUUUUGACAGAAGUACCCAUCUCUGAAUAGACAAAUCCCUUUGCAACCACAUAUUACACCUCUUACUAGUUUUAGUAAUAAUUAGUGUGAAAUUUAAAUCAUUACGCAAAAAUUCAUCUUUACAUAUAACAACUCCCAGAUAUGUUACUUGGUUUUUAAUUGGAAUAUUAUGGAAAUUAUCUAAAAAACCUUUGUUGAGAGGAAACAGAACUGAUUUAUUCAUAUUCAUUCUCAACCCUGAUACUUCUGAAAAUACUUUUAUACAGUUCACUGCUUUAAUGAUUUCAUGCGAAUCUUUCACAAAUAAGGUAGUCAUCGGCAAACUGACACAACUUAAAUGUUCUCCCUAAUGCAGCAAUUACUUGAAAAUAUUUUUUUUAUAUGAUUUUAAAGCGUCUGCUAAAUGAAUAAAUGUUAAUGUGAAGGGCCAUUAUUUGUGUUGCUAACAAAAUCAAAAAGGUGAGAUCGGACACCUGUGCCUUAUUCCUCUACCAAUAUUAAAUCUGCCAGAAGUGCCUCUGGCUAAUUUGACAGGACUGCUACAUCCUUUAUAUAAGGUUUUGAUAGCAUUUUGAAAAUAACUACCAAAGCCAAAAAAUUUAAUUGCUCUGAAUAAAAAAUGAUGUUCUAUGGUAACAAAUGCCUUGUGAAAAUCAAUUAACAAAAUAAAACUAUCAUCUAAAAUAUAUUCACUGUAGUCUAUCAUAUCUUGAAUCAAUCUAAUAUUAUUACUAAUGUCUUCUUGAAUAAAUCGUGUCUGUUCCUCAUCUAUGAUACUUUUUAAUCCUUAUCAGACUUUUGGCAAAAAUUAGAGCAAAUAAUUUGGCAUCAUUAUUUAAUAGACCAAUGGGUCUCCAAUUUUCUAAAUGAAGAAUAUUUUUGUUUGGCUUUGGGAUUAAUGUAAUAACACCUUGUCUUAAAGAGACGGGUAAUUCCCCUUUUUGAUGGAUUCUAUGAACACUGCUAGUAAAAGGGAGCUAAAUUGUCUCGAAAGAUUUGAUAAAACUCACUAACAAGCCCAUCAUUACCUGGAGAACGAUUAUCUUUAAGGUUACCAAUACAUUCUAGAACCUCCUCCAGUUUUAAAUCAUCAUCACAACACAACUUCAUGUGAUAUUAGGAAAACAUCAACAUGUGAUUGUUUAGAAUAAUCUUUGUUAUUCCAUGUACACAUCCUUGUGUCUGGGUUUGAGACGCCAGAUGUCAACUAAACUCAAACGGGUACACAUUUUUAAUUUCACAAUGAGUUUCAUUGCUUCUUGAUGGCCAUCGAUCUAAAUCUUCAUCAAAUACACUAUUAAAAUCACCUCCCCAUACAAUAUUCACCAAGGGAAACUUAUUCUUAAUUUGUUACAGUUUAGUUUCUUUCUUCUUAAAUAUUACCAUUCUAGCUAAAUUAUCAAUUUCAUGGUUUAGGACCUGACCUUUGAAGUUUCCUCACUGUAAAACCCGACAAGUAAACUGAACUCAAACCGUUUGAGUAAACAGAU